GCAUUUCACCACUCAAAAAUAAUUGACCAGACUGCUUCUGACCAGCACAUUCACCAGCAAAGAAGCUUCUCCAAGAGUCUAUGAAAACAUGAAGCCACUGUAUGUAGUCUUUGGCCUCUGGCUUCUUAUAGGAUGCUUCCUGUCUGGUGAGUGUCACAGAGGACCCAGAGGACAGCGUGACCCUAGAAAACCACUCGCUCCUUCAACUCAUCAUCCUCAUAGUCGUCACACUCAGCCAGAUCCCAAGCAUGGACAAUUUGGUCUACCACCCUUUCUACCCAUGAGUUCAGGAUUUGGGAAAACAAGUUCUUUUACCCUUUAUAGUCCUUCCUUUGAAGUAAAAGUACAGCCUCCUAGUUAUACAGUUCAUAUUCUUGGUAGUAUUUUAGGACAAAUGAGAGCGAUUAGCCCUCAAAGAAAUUCUCCUGCCCGACCUCCUCCCACAGUAAAAGCAAAUACAAUACCAGAGACAAUAGCUGAAUAGCUACUGCUACUGCUCCAAAUUCCACUGGUAGUUUUUGAUGAUAGUGGAAAAUAAUAAAUUCCUUUUGGCAGUCAGGAUAGUAUAAACCUAAGCACUGUGGGAUUUUGGGAGAAAUAAUCUUUAAAGGUUUAAGAAACAACUUUUACCAAGUAUUAUACAAAAUGAAAAUAAAGAGAUGAUCACCAUUAUAAAG